AUGUUUCAGCAGAUUGCAGCUGAUGAACCUCCACCAGAAGGCUGCAGUGCAUUUGUGGUUAUCCAUGAGAAGCACACCUGUAAGACUAAUGAAAUAAAAAAGCUGCUGAAGAAGGCUACUAAGAGACCCAGGCCAUAUCUUUUUAAGGGAGAUCAUAAAUUCCCAACUCUCAGAGAGGAUGGCCCAGUGGUUGUUCUUUAUGCAGAAAUGGGUACAAAAGACUUUGUCAAAUUCCACAAGAUUUUAUCUGAAAAGGCGCAAAAGGAGGAAAUUGUUUAUGUUCUCCGGCAUUAUGUUCAGAAACCAAGUUCCAGAAAAAUGUAUUUAUCUGGAUAUGGUGUAGAACUUGCAAUAAAGAGCACAGAAUAUAAAGCAGUAGAUGACACACAGGUUAAAGGAGCAAAUGAGACAAAAGAAGAGGAAGAGGAGGAGGAGGAGGAAAGUGAUGUCCAAGGAUUUCUCUUUGGCAAAUUAAAACAGAUGCAUCCUGAUCUGAAAAAUAAUCUGAGAGAGUUUAAAAAACAUCUAAUUGAAACUACUAACAACAUGGAACCGCUGAAGGUUUGGGAGCUACAGGAUCUUAGUUUUCAAGCAGCUGCUCGAAUUAUGUCUACCCCUGUUUAUGAUGCCUUAAAGGUAAUGAAAGACAUAGCUCAGAACUUCCCAAUAAGAGCCAGAUCACUGACCAGAGUGCCUGUAGACAAGAAAAUGCGAAAUGAAAUAGAAGAAAAUCAGAAG